CACCAGUUCUGUGUAUGCUGACUGAAAGUAAACACCAAAGAAGAAGACGAGGAAGUCGUUUUGUUUCACACGGAAACGACGGACUUGACAACAAGGAGUAUUGAUCACAUUUUGUUAUUAUCUGUUCACACGUUGCUUAUUUUUGUCUACUGACAACUUAUUACUCCAGUGCCGCAUCAGCACGCAUGCGCCGCGUUAAAAGCUGCCGCCGCUAACUACAGCUGCAUAGCCGCCGUAAAGCUCCUGUUUGGACCCGACGAGCUGGUUGUGUGAAGGAGCUCGUUUACGUUACAUAGAGGAGUUGUCAGCUUCCAGUAAAUGGCCUGCACUUUGGAAAAGGUGUUGGGCGACGCUCGGCUCCUCCUCGACAGGCUAAAGGAGCACGACACGGCCGCCGAGGGGCUGAUCGAGCAGUCCGGGGCCCUCAGCCACCGGGUGCAGAGCAUGAGGGAGGUGGGGAAUGCCCUUCCAGACAAGCACAUUGAAGACAGUUCUGAGAUUCAGGAGCUCACAAAAUACAAGCCUCAUGUCCUUCUGACUCAGGAAAACACUCAAAUCAAGGAACUACAGCAGGAAAAUAAAGAACUGUGGUUGUCUCUUGAAGAACACCAGUACGCGCUGGAGCUGAUCAUGGGUCGGUACCGCAAGCAGAUGCUACAGCUGAUGAUGGCAAAGAAGGAGCUGGACACUAAACCUGUGCUGAGCCUCCACGAGGACCACGCCAAAGAGGUGCAGACCCAGCUGGAGCGGAUAUGCGAGAUGGGUCAGGUGAUGAGAAGGGCAGUGCAGGUGGAUGAUCAGCACUACUGCUCUGUGCGAGAGCGGCUCGCUCAGCUUGAGAUUGAGAACAGGGAGCUGCGAGACCUCCUGGCCAUCAGCAAGGGAUCAGUGAAGACGGCGAGAGAAGAAGCCAACCUGCCAGCAGCAGCAGCACAACAGCAGUCCCUUCAGCUGGGGCCCGACGAGUGACCAGAACAGCCUGAGUGUGAGCUGGUGUGUAUCAGGACAAGGAGACAGGGUUGAUUUCGUUCUCACCUGUGUUCACCACCACAUUUAUUUUUUUACAUGGAUGGAUGCAGUCAAACAGCUUUUUUGUUGAGAGAGUCACUUAAACACAGCAUCGGGGCUCUCAGAGGCUUUACCACAUGAUAGCUAUCGUAAUUAUUCACAACUACAGCAAGUGUGUGAUCACUGCAGUCGUGUUGGAGCCACAUAAACCCUGACUUUAAAUCAGAGGUCUUGGUUGACAGUGAUGUAUUUCAGACACACGCGUCUACUGGAUUAAAGGCAGUAAAGGCAAAGGGGAUUUCUUUUGUUUUCAGCCAAAGAUAUAUUUUCUUUUCAAGGACACAGUUUCUACCUCUUUGGUGCCCCUUUACUGUUCAAACACAGUCACGAUGAGUAAAAUCCUUCUAACCACCCUUCUUCUGAGUUCACCUAUAAUCUGUGGAGAAGCCAACCUGUAGCUCACACCGUGUCAGAGGCCGUGCUCGCUGCCAACACCACGACUUUGGCUGUUUCCGCUGUUUGCCUCCUGAGGAGUGGCAGUGGGACCUUUGUAUGUGAUUGUCAUUUUAUGAAUUUGAUACAUUUGUCAGUCUCGAUAUAUGACAUGGUUUCCAUGUUGAGUACCUUAAUCCUGUGUGUUCAGCACCGGUUUUGUAAGUUUCAGAUGCAGAGUGAUGCAGCUGAUGGCACGUCUUUAUCAGUGGUAACGAUUUCAAAACAGGCCAACCUUUUGUGUGAUAAACAUGUUUUGCACUGUAUGUUGUCAGAAACUAUAUAUUGUCAUCUCAGGUAAUCAGUGUUAAUGAGGUUAACAUGCUGUAAUGACGUCAGACAGUGUACUGAUUUGUGUCAAAUGAAAUUUCAUUCAGAAACUUUGCAGUACAAAA